UGUUGUCAGGUGUUGUUUCGCCGCUGUCUCGGCAUAUUAAUUGUUGUAUGCGAACGGAUUAUUGUCGAUAAUGAAAUGACGUUCACAAUUAACGUGAUCGAGUAGUAGCGAUGAGAGAACGAUAAUCUCAGCGUGCGGUUUGUCCCAUCGAUGUCGAUCACAAGUGGAUGUAAAUUCGCGCGCUCUGAUCUAAAUAAGGUUAGAUUCACGAGAUAGUUUUGGGUAGUUUGCAGUCGCGCGCCUUUAAUCCUGCGAAAUAAAAUCAUGUCGAUUCAUUCGGAGAGAACGAAAAUAGAAACCAACAAGGUGAACGACAUGGACAUCACAUCAGACUUUACCCGCCUCAAGGUAUCUGUAUUGGAGAAGGCGUCACGUAUAUCAGCAACUACAAUAGUAGAUCGUAUCACGAUCGGGCCUCAAUCGACGCUGUAUGAAGAAGAUUCUAACAAAGCAGACAACAUUGAAAAUGAGCAAAAUUCUUGUAACAUUAAAAGUCCACAGAGAACUAUUACUAGUCCCAAACACAACAUGGUGGCCACUUCAAAUGGCAUUCAUUUCUCAGUCAAUAAGAUUGAUGCGGAGAGUGAAUUGCAAAGAAAAGAAGAAGUCUGGAAAGUAAUAGACCGUCGCAUUCAGCAUAUGAACGAGAAUGCUCGAGUAAUUCAGGAACAAAUGGCAAAUUCACGCUCAUCGAUGGCACGUGAACGCGAACGCCGGAGUGAGGAGAAGUUGGCGUACUUCUUAGCUGAAGAGGAACGAUUGGCAGAGCAGGAAGAGAUCAAGAGACGACAUGAACAACAAUUACAGGCACAGCGCGCUCAAGAGCAAAAAGAAAAGCUUGAACGAGAGAUGGAGGAAUAUCGAAGAAGAAUGAAAGAAAAGGAAAGACUGAUGAAGACUGUGUCAGUCCAUCGGGAUCAGUUCACGACCAAGUACUGUGACCUCGUGGCAUUAUCCAAGACCUGCAAAGACCAGCAAGCGUUCAGUGCGAUAUUUACCGCACAUAGCGCGACGAUAAGAGAUGUGUUCCAACGAAUCGAAGCUAUAGAUGAGAAAAUCAGAAAUGGAGAAUUGGUAGCUGCAGAUGAAAAUCUUAUUGAGAGUUUGGUUUGUCACUUCAGUGAUAUAUUAAAUGUAUUUCAUAUAGAAACAGAAAAAAUAAAUGCUCAAUAUGAAGCGGAAUUGGCUCGAAAAGCGCAAGCUGCAAACUUGAUACAGUCAGUCGAAGAGACAAAUAAUGUUCCAGUUAAUAAUGUAAUACCUUGUCAACAACCAGAUGAAAACAAUGUUGUGGAAACCAAAGAAGAUGAUAGUUCCAAUGUAAUAACGAAUGCAAUAACGAAUCAAGAAGCAGUAGUUACAUCAGUUAACGAAGUAGUCGCACCGUCUGUAUCUGAUCCUCAGUUAGAAGAAACGACUAAAAAUUCUGCAUGUAAAAAAGAUCCUUUUGAGUAUAUCGACCAGGAAUCGUUUGAUAUUUACAUCAGAAGCCAUCAAUUCUUGAAGCAUUAUAGAGAAACUUGCAAGGACUUUUUACAAUCGCCUGCAACAAAGAAAUUUCGCUUCGAGUGUCAAAAGGCGAUCAAUAUUCCUGUAAACGCGAUUUCUGGUGUAAGCGAGCAACACUUGAGAGACAAAUAUGACAGACUGCAGAAUCUUUUGACUGGAAAAUUGUUACCUAACGUCACACAUCAUCCACAAGGAGUAAUUUUCUGUAAAAACCAUCUGGCAAAAAAGAUAGUCAGCCAAGGCGAGACUUUGGUGUCUAGCAAACCAGAAAUGGCAUUCCCUGUGGCGAUGAUUGUUGUGGCUCUUUGGAACGAACAUCCAGACUUUGGCGAAUUAUUUCUGGCUCAUCUUCACGAGGCAUGUCCAUUUACCAUACCAGUUUUUCUACAGCAACAAGAAGGUCAGUCUAAUGAGGAUUAUUACAAAUCUCUUGGCUGCAAAUAUUCUGAAGAUGGUACCGUCGAAAAACAAGACAAAUUCCUAAAGAGGAUGUCGGGAUUGAUCAGAUUGUAUGCGUCGAUUACCGUUACGAAACAGCGAAAGAGUGUUACCAAAAUUCAUCCUUAUGGUCUUCAGCAUUCUUGGAGAUGGCUGGCAGCCGUUUUGAAUAUCGAACCACGAACCGAUAUUUGUGAUUUGUGCGCGACUUUGAUACUGGAUAUGCUCGAGGUCGCCGGUAAUGUGCUAUGGACCGCCUACCCGAAACAGUUUUAUAAGUUGCUGACGCUGUUGAUGGAACAGUAUUUUCCGCGAAUGCGUCAUGUCGCGGGCGGUGGUGGCGGACCUCUAGUACGGCUGGAGGAAUUUCUAAACAACGCCCUGUCAACUGGCUUCAUACGUCUCGCCGAUGGGAUGCUUCCGCCAAACUUUUUGUGAUCUUCCGUGAGAUCAUCCCGACGACGUAGUGACUUAAACGUAGGCUAAAAUUUACUACAAAUUUAGCGAUGGGUUAAGAAAUAUAUUUGAAUUGUUUCGAACAUACGAAAGUAUUGAUGGUAAUGGAAGUUUCAAAUUGUUUCAAGUUUCUUGAAGCAAGACGAUUUUACAUAUUUUGAAAAAAAUGUAAG